AUGGUACAGGCUGGCGUGUUUUUGCUCGGUGAUAAGCAGCCAAGAUGGUACACGUGCUGUAGAUGUCUGCACAUUAAGUUCGCCCUAUUCCUCGUCAUUCUCCUCGUCACAGCCCUAGAAGCCCUAGAAGCCGCAUUGUACAUCUUCAGCGAGAGAUUCGUGUUCGACUCGUAUGGACAAGCGCUUUAUGAUGCCUUUGAAUACCUCGUGCUCGUGACGCUGAUUUACGCCUGGAUCAAGGAGAAGGCCAUUUUCCUGGCUCCUUACAUUGCACAAAUGAUGAUCAUCACAAUCGCCCUGGCGAUGAUGGCAUUCCAGUGGAUGUUCGUAUUCUUCUUCCCUUUCAGCCGUCAAGCCGAGCAGUAUAUCCAGGACACCACCAUGGAUCGCCUUUCCAGGAUGGGAGUUUUCUUCAUCUGCUCCCUAGUGGCCGUCAUGAUGUUGAUGAUCAGCGUCUGGUUCUUACAUGUCGGCUGCCUGUCAUACGUCUACUUCGAGAACCAGGAGCGCAAGCGAAAAACGGCCGAGUCGGCCAGGGCCCAGGAGGCCGCCCAGGGGCAGACGGUGCGUGUACUUGUUGACCAGGAUCAGCAUGCUGCGAAUAAGCCGGAGGGGAGCGCCCCAUCGACCACGAUCCAAACCACUGGCAACUUUGCAAACCCGAACUUCACGAUCGCUUCUGACGACGAAGAAGAUGACCUCUUCCGCCAAACAAAAUCGAAGAAAAACCCACCAAUUGCU